UUCUGGCUUUUACUCCCAUUUGAAGAUGGGUACACGCAUCAACAAGCAGCCUUUUGCUUAAAGUCUGAGGUGAUUUAUAUCGCAUAUUCAAAUUCCCUUUUGGCCUUCUUCUCUGUUUGUAUCUGUUUCCAUUGCAGGCCAUCGAAAGCUCUCUUUUCUCUCUUCUGCUCUCUGUAGACGAAUAAAUGGAUUCAAAUCGUCAUCGUAAAAUCGAUUAUCGACGUAUUGCCGAUAACUUCACCUCAUUGGAUCAGGUUAUAUCUGCAUUGAGACACGAAGGUCUUGAAUCGUCGAAUUUAAUUCUCGGUAUCGACUUUACGAAGAGCAAUGAGUGGACAGGGAGGCGUUGUUUUGGAAGAAGAAGUCUGCAUUCAAUUAGCAGCACACCCAAUCCAUAUGAGCAAGCAAUAUCUAUAAUUGGUCAGACAUUGUCUCCUUUUGAUGAUGAUGGUUUGAUACCUUGUUUUGGCUUUGGCGAUGCAUCGACACGUGAUCAACACGUAUUCAGCUUUUAUCCCGAUCACAGGCCAUGUAAAGGGUUCAAGGAAGCUCUUUUUCGAUAUCGAGAAAUUCUGCCAUACCUGAAUUUAUCAGGUCCAACCUCUUUUGCUCCUGUCAUUGAUUCUGCUAUUAGCAUUGUUGAGACAAGCAAUUGGCAGUAUCAUGUCCUUGUUAUUGUUGCAGAUGGACAGGUUACGAGAAAUCCCGACACGCCACCUGGAAGAUUAAGUAAUCAAGAGCAGGCAACCAUAAACUCCAUUGUUGCUGCUAGCCAGUAUCCUCUAUCGAUCAUUCUAGUCGGGGUAGGGGAUGGACCGUGGGAUGCUAUGCAGAAAUUUGAUGAUAACAUCCCUCGGCGCGCAUUUGAUAAUUUCCAGUUUGUAAACUUCACAAAAAUCAUGUCUGAGAGCAAAGAAGCAUCAAAGAAGGAAGCAGCAUUUGCCCUGGCUGCGCUCAUGGAAAUUCCAUUUCAAUACAGAGCCACCCUCUCUGUGCAGGGUUCAAAGAGAGAAUCUGUGUAUGCAAAAAGUGCAGGGCCGCUUCCUCCUCCUCCUGAAGUCAUCAAUCAUGACAAUGCUGAAAACCAGAGUUCCUCAUCCGAAUUGGUCUGCCCCAUCUGCCUGACAAACCCAAAGGAUAUGGCUUUUGCAUGUGGUCAUACAACCUGCAAAGACUGUGGGGUAACCAUCUCAACAUGCCCACUGUGUCGAGAACCUAUAACGAUGCGCUUGAGACUAUAUGCUUAAGUCAUCAAACAACUUCCUGCAGCUGUGUCUAUGCAAUACCAAGUUGUAAAAACGAUACCCGGUUUGAGAUUACUUUGCUUUUUGAUUCGAUUAUAGUUUAUAAAAACUUGUUCAUCUACUUGUAAAAGUCUUAUAUUUACUAUAAAUUUUCAAACGAGUUAGAUUUC